AUGGCAAUCGAGCAGGCACUUAACAACCUUAGGAAGACCACGGACGAUGUGGCAAAGUUUCUUCGCAUCGUGAAGACCAACGAUGUGCAGUUCGCUAUCCGAGGCGCGGGUCAACAGCCCCUAGAGGCUUGCUCCAACAUCGAAGAUGGCAUCACUCUUAGUCUACGCCGACUCGCAGACAUAAAGCUCAAGCCUGAGAAUAACGUCGUCGCUGUUGGCGCUGGCGCUCUCUGGGGUCAGGUGUACGAGAGGGUGCAAGCUGCAGGGCUUGGCGUAGGCGGUAGUAGAUCUGCAAAAGGUGGUAUAGGCGGCCUCUCGCUAUCUGGCGAUCUUUCGUUCUUUUCUACACGAGAGGGUUUCAUUUGCGAUAAUGUGGUCAAUUUCGAAAUCGUCCAGGCCAACGCCACGGAAAACGAAGAUCUUUGGAGGGCACUCAAAGGGGGUGGAAACAAUUUUUGGCGUCGCCCCUUCUGGGGUGGUUUUAUCUUCUACACGGUCGCAGAUAAUAACUAUCAGGGUCAAGUUGAAGCUAUGGUAAACGAGCUUCGCAAGCCGGACGCCUCGGAUGAGACACAUAUAAUGGUCAAUGUAGGCUACUCGAAGCAGUUUGGUGGAAUUGUGAUGGGACUUAAUGAGAUUUACUAUACCGGCCCCGAUGCCGCUUCGGCCUACGGACCCAAAGACGGAAAUACCGGCAAAGUUCGCGUACCAGCUAUGCUCGAGCCCUUUACAACAGUCAAGAAUCAGGUGGAGAGCCUUAACUCCCUGCGCGUAAUGACCCUAGUAGAAGGCGCUAGCGAACAUGCUGUGGCAUCACAAGAGCACGUACGCUGUGCCUACAUGAAUUGCACGGUGCGGGCUGACACAGACACGCUACUUGCCGCCGCCGACAUCUACACUAAGGCUAUCGAGCCCUUGAAGCCCAUCGAGGAGACCACUACCUGCUUGACGCUAAAUGGCUACCCCAGCUCCGUCCUCCAAAAGACUAAAGAGCUAGGGGGGAAUGUACUCGGCCUAGAUAGAGGGGAGUCGCUGGUGUCGGUGCUUUUGCUGACGUAUUGGAAGAACAGGGAGGAUGACGAGAAGAUCAUACCUGUACUGCGGGAGGCCCUGGAUGAUAUCGAAAAAGACGCCGAUCAACGUGGCCAGAAAGUCCCGUAUGUCUACCUCAACUACACGUCUAACUUCCAAGACCCAUUCACCUCCUACGGCGAGGAGAACAAAAAGUUCUUGCAGGAAGUUAGUCGAAAGUACGAUCCUCAUGAACUAUUCCAGAAAAACGUCCCCGGUGGACUCAAGCUAUUUGCAUAA